GACGUCGUGCACGCGGCUACCGGCGAACGGCUCGCAAAUAUCAGUCCGAUACGACGAAGUCUUACGAAAGGACCCGCCCUCGGCUCUCGCGCCUCUUUGCACCCUAUCGAUUGUGCUCGCAUCAAAUUGGAACUUUGUUAAAAAUUAAAAUAAGCCUACAUAAUGGAUAGUGCUGAUGCACUUUUGGGAGGGCUCGGAAGCGGCGACACCGUUUCUCCGGCACCAGUGGCACCCGUCGCGGAACAUACUCUAAAACGUGAUCAGGACUCCAUGGAUGACUUCGAACACCUCGAGCGCGACAAGCAGGAGCCUGGAGAGUCACCGUUACACCAUCAUCGCGUCGCUUCGCAGAGCUUCCUCGAUAUGGAACGCGAAGAGAUAAUGGCACCGCCUCGGGUGCCUUCGGGCGCCGAUAAGCUGAUCGAUCACCUCGCCGAUAAGUUCACUGACAGCGAAUCUGAUGCUGACACGGCGGGAGAGUCACCCCUGCAUCGGCCCGAGCCGGUGAAAGCGAGCGCUCCCACAAUGGAGCCACUGGCACCCAAGAGCGUCGAUCCCAUGCCCGUGCUAGCUCCCGCGCCCGCUCCUGUACCCGUGCAGCCUGUGGCCGCUGCUGUACCGCCGAUGUCCGCACCGGAAUCGAUCGUUGAAACUCGGUCGGAACCGCCACGCGUGCCCACACCGGAGCCGAAACCGGAACCACCCAAACAUGUGCCGGUGCCCCAGCCGGAACCAGCUGCUCCACAACCGAAACCAGCCCCUGCAGUGGUCAGUCCCAAGCCGGAAGCCGUGCAACCGCGCGCUCCCACUGCGCACAUUAUCGAGGCUGAAGUCAUUUUCUGCCAAAUGGGACUCGUGGAGUCGCUGAUCUACUGGCGCAACGCGGCGCGGUCCGGCGCGGCGCUGGGCGCGGGGCUGGCGGUGCUGGUGGCGCUCGCGUGCUGCAGCGUCGUGUCCGUGCUGGCGUACGGGUCGCUGCUCGUGCUCUCCGCCGCCGUCGCCUUCCGCAUCUACAAGAAUGUGCUGCAGGCCGUGCAGAAGACCAAUGACGGACACCCCUUCAAAUGGCUGUUGGAGAAGGAGGUGAGCGUGCCUGUGGAGCGCGCGCAGUCCCUCGCGGCCGCCGCCACCGCGCACCUCAACGCGGCGCUGCUAGAACUGCGCAGACUGUUCCUGGUGGAGGACCUGGUGGACUCGCUCAAGUUCGGCGUGCUGCUGUGGUGCCUCACGUACGUCGGCGCCUGCUUCAACGGCAUCACGCUCAUCAUACUCGGUUGGGUGGCGCUGUUCACUUUGCCGAAGGCGUACGAGAUGAACAAGCCGCAGGUGGACGCCAACCUCGAGCUCGCGCGCGCCAAGAUCAACGACAUUACCAACAAAGUGCGGGCGGCGGUCCCGCUGGGGCGGCGCGCGGAGGACAAGGACAAGUAGAGCGCGCGCGCUCGCUCUCACACAUGACGUCACGCGUCGCGUCACACUCGACCUGGACGAGUCUCGCGGAGAUCAUUGUAUUUGCUUUUUGAAUUUUGAAAUGAAGACCCGCGCGUGUGUGUGUGAGGUGUCGCCGCACGCGACGGCGCGGACUCUAACAUGUGUGCGGGUCGACGAGACCACGUCCGUUUACGAACUGUAUUCAUUAUUAUCACACGCAUUUUGCAUAAUGCUACGUUUUAUUUGUAAAUACGAAUCUGUUUCAUACUGAAAGCAUUCCGCGCCGGACACGGCUCACGGUGUAUUUUCAGUAUGAAAUUUUUUUAUGUUUCGCGUCUUUAGGAUAUCGAAUUCGAAUGUCUAUUUAUUAUUGGAAUAUAUUAUUGAUGAGAAAAUAAAUGCUUUCAGUGCCUGUUCCUCGAAUAUAGUUUUUUUUGUAUAGUUUAAAGUUGUCGUUAUGUAUUUGUAUUAAAUUUAUCGCGCUCAUGUUUGCUUCGAAAUUGAUAGCUCUUUAAGAUGCUUUUGGAUUAUCCAACAAAAUUUAAAUGUAACGUCGACAGGGGGGGGGGACGCGUCUGUCCCCGUAGUUAUAUUAUAUUCCUGACGAUGGCGGUGGGUUUCACGUUUCAAAAAUUGAACUCGGACCGACGUAUUGAUGGACCUUUUCUAUGUGAGUUAUUGUAGCAAUCGAUGUAAGUAAUAUCUUGGUAUUCAGCAAAAACAGAUGUGCAUAGAACUUGACAGUUUGUAAAAAGCGUAUUAUUAUUAUUGAAAUAAAGAUUUUUUCU